UCACUUUUAAAUUGUCACGUCGUUGUAUAAAGAGUGAAUUUGGUAUGUAAUAAGACAUUUUCGACAAUCUAAAUAUAGUGCAGACGACAAAAUUUGUCAAGCAAUGGAUCAAGACAAGAUAGAUAUAGAUGGGUUGGUGAAAGCAAGUCACGAAGCCAGAAGAAUGGCUUAUUCCCCAUACACCAAGUUCCAUGUUGGAGCGGCGCUUCUGUGCGAAGAUGGUACUGUUAUAAAAGGUUGUAAUGUAGAAAACGUAUCUCAUGGUUUAACUAUUUGUGCGGAGAGAACAGCUAUUGUCAAAGCUGUGUCACAGGGACACAGAAAGUUUCUAGCCAUUGCCGUUGCAAGUGAUAUGUUGAACUCAUUUAUCACGCCAUGUGGUGCUUGCCGACAGUUUAUGAUAGAGUUUGGUUCAAAUUGGGACGUUUUUAUGACAAAGCCAGAUUUCACAUACACGAGAUUGAAAGCAGGGGAGCUUUUACAAUUUAGCAAGUGUACUUAUACUGUACAAGCAGACUGAAAACAGAUCACAAAUUAUUUGUAUUGUUUCUAGUGCAUUUAUCUCAAUUAACUGAGGCUUAUAAUC